UUAUUAUAAUUAAUCAAGCGGUAAAAGCUACAAGUUCGUGAUGGUCACAUCUUCAGAGGUAAGGGGGUCCAAGUGAUGACUAAUCACGAAGGGGUGUCAAUUAGCAGAAUUCCAACGGCCUCCCAGCCUAUCACCAAUCUGCUGGUUCAAUCGCAAACUGUAGCACAAAAGAAGCUGGACCACCACGCAAACCGAGUUGAAGACAGGACCACCAACUUCCGACGACCAUAAUAUUGAACGCUCCGGCCCCCUUUGACAAUGGCGUCACGGCAAGCAACCCACUGGCUCAGGGCCCUUCGUCCCCUCCGCAUCCAGCCCUGGAGAUCCUACCACCCAACACCCCAGCUCUUCUCCGUCGCCGCCUCCUCUUCGGCACCCGCCACCCCUCCUCUCCUCGCAACCCUCAAGUCGGACCUAAAGACCGCCAUGCGCAGCAAAGACGCCCAGCGCCUCACCGUCCUCCGCGCCGUCCUCUCCGCCACCAACAACGCCGCCAAGACCUCCUCCCCCGUCACCACCAACCUCGACCUCGUCGCCCUCCUGCGCAAGUCCCUCCGCGGCUCCCGCGAGGCCUCCGCCCAGGCCCGCGACGCCGACCGCCCCGACCUCGCCGAGAAGGAGGACGCCCAGGCCCGCAUCCUGGAAGAAUACAUCGCCGCCAGCGGCGUCGAGACCGUGUCCGAGGCCCAGGUGCGCGAUCUCGUCCGCGCCGCUAUCGAGGAGGCCCGCGCCGCUGGGGCCGAAGGGAAACAGGUCGUUGGGCGGGUCAUGAAGGCCGUGACUCGAGCUCUCAAGGGGAGGGAUGUCGAGGUGGACGCUAAAGAAAUCAGUAAGCUGGUGAGCCAGGCGCUCCAAGCUUGAGGCUGUAAAAAUAAAAAUAAAAAAGAAAGAAAGAAAGAAAGAAAGAAAGAAAAAAGCCGGGUACGCUUAUGGUGGGAGCUUCGUGUAUGUAUAUGGGUGUAUCAUCAGCAUUUGGUUGGCAUUUGUGUCCCAGGCAUUAUGCGAAGGAGAUGCUCAAGGCAGAGGAUUGGAAUCUCCCCCUCGUAUAUAAAAUCAUGUACAUUUCACCUGUUGUAUAACAUCUUAUGAGAAAAAUAAAAGAUGGAGGCAUCGGGACUCCUUGAUGGGUAUUCUCAUCAUUCCAUAUGCCUGCUUGGUUCUCCAGGUAGCAACGUCAGGGUUUACUACGAUGAACAUAUCCUCGCACGUGUUAUCUGUCCCUAUUUCCCGUCAGGCUCCUCCAACCCCGAAAACGCCAGUUCCGACCACUGCUACGCUGAAACGAUAUCCAUAACAUAGAAGGACAAAAGGGGAAAGAAAGAAAAAAGAAUAAGACAGAUUUUGCACAGGACAAAGCUCA